AUUUAAUUAUUUGGCCUUGCAAAAAUAUUGUUUUUUUUAAAAAAAAUAAUUUUUUAAAAUAUUUAAAUAAAAUAUUUUUCAAGUAAAAAGUUUAAAAAUUAUUUUAUUAUUUUGUUUUUUUUGCAUAAAACUUUGAUAAAGAACAUACUGCAGGAAUUUUUUUUUUCAUUAUUUUAUUACAAAAGCAAGUGUUAUAAUUUGCAAAUAGACUAUAAAAAAAAAUAUAUAUUAUAAUUUCCGGAAAAUAAUAAAUAAAACAAUAAAAUUUAUAUUUCAAAGCUAUAUUUUUAAAAAAAUUCUUGUCACAUUCAAUUUGUUUUUUGAAGCAUAUUGUCAUAUUGAAAAAUACUUUAAAACCAAACUGAAGAAAUUUUUUUUUUUUCAACAAUGAAAAUCUGCGGUUUAAUAUUAUCAUUAGCCGUGCUAAUAUCUCUAAUUGAAUUUAAAAUAACUGCAACAUCGAAUCCAGAAUAUCAAUACGAUGUUCUUUUGGGCGGAGAAACAGAUUCACUUUUGAAAAAUGAAGCAAGAACACAAUUGACUAAUUUGAAUCUUAAAAUUGCUGAAUUAUCUAACGAUAGUAUGAAAAUCGAGGUUAGAAAUGGUAUAAUUGGAAAUUCAACGGUAUUAUUAUACGUUUUGGACAAAGAUUCACGUAAUUCUCUUACCAUGAAUGAAAUUGCAUAUUUAUUAGGAACACGUUGCGAUUCAUCAUCAUUGUACGUUGUUUUUACGAUAUACGAUAAUAAUCAAUACAUUAAAGGCGAACCACUAUCAAAUACUGAACGUUAUGAUUUGAAUUAUGCCAUGGAUGUACUCCAAUAUCUUGCUCUCAGACAUCAUGUAAAAAUAUUCAAUAAUUUAAGUGAAGCCAUGGAUCGUAUUAAAACGUUUUUUCAUAAAGUUAAAACACCCGAUAAUAAUGAUGAUGAUGAUGAUGAUUCAUUGGACCAAGAAUGCAGAUUAGAUAUACUAGGAGAUAUACAAGAUGCGGAAGACGAAUUAAUUGAAGAAACAACUACUGAAGCAAUAGAAGCUACUACAAUAAUCGAAGAAGAACCUGAAACUUUUGCGCCAUAUCGAAAACGACGAUCAUUUCAAAAUGUAGGGACAAAUGAUAAUGAUGAAGAUAGCCACGCUACCGGUAAUGACGAUGAUAAUGAUGAUGGUGAUGAUGAUGAUGAUGAUGAUGAAUAUUUAUCUGAUCAAUGUGAAAUAGAGACAGGUUUUGAUCCUGAUGAUACAGAUAUACCUCAAUAUAAUACAUUAAUUAAUCAGGCAAACGUAAAUCCUAGUGUUGAUGAUCUGUUUAAUAAUGCCGUCAAUAAUCAAUCAGCGAAUCAUCCUAGUAGCAUGGAAAAAUUGACUCCCAAAUAUGCUUGGAAAGUGCUUCAAGAACAUGGAGUAUGUCCUACAUUUCUUCCGAAAACACAAGAUCGACUCAUAGAUUCACUAAAUCCGAUUGAUAAAGAAGCCUUUAAAUUAAUCGUUGAAGAUUGCAUGAGUUUUAAAAAAGAAUCAGGCAGUACAUGCAAAACUUGGGGUAAAGGAAAUCCCGGGUCUAAAAGUAGCUUAUAUUAUGGAGCUUUUAAUGUAAGCUCAGAUCAGCAACCACAAUAUUGUCAACAAUUAUUGAAAAAUUAUCAAAACAUUUUAUGCUACAAUCCAAAUUUGAACCAGUAUGAUAUAUCACAGAUUGGUGUUGAAAUGAAUCAUCUAAAUAUUUCUAGAUCAAAACUAUUUUAUGUGCCUAAUAAUAACUAUGUUAAUGCACUCACAGUAAUGGCAUCUUAUUUGAUCGGAGUAAAAGCAGAAAAUUUAUUUUUAGUUAUAAAUGGAAUAACCAUAAACAUAAAAAAACACCAUAAUUUGGGCCGAAAUUUCACAACAGCAUCUCAAGGUGAUUAUAAUCGUGGAAGAAAAUACUUACAAAACCUUGCACUUCAUUGCAAUGUACAUACAAACAGUACCAUUGCCGCAGCAGAAAAAGUGGCAGCCAAAGUUGCUUUGCCUCCUAUAGGACUCCAACAAACGGAUGAGUAAUAGAUGGACGUCCGUGUUAACAGGUUAAAACUUGGAAAAAAUGGAGAAACCCUGUGGUCUAGAGGCGUUUGCCUGGUAUGCAAAAGACUCGGGUUCGAAUUCUGGCAGGGAACUUCUUAUUUAUUCCAAGUUUCUGUUUUUUUUUCAAUAUAUUAUUUUAUUUUCAAUAUUCUGAAUUUUAAAAUUUAUUAUUAUCAAUAAAUUCAUAAAAAAAUUUAAUUAAAAAUAAUUAAAAAUAAUGCUUGUUAAUACUAUAAAAUAAAUAAAAAAAUAAAUAAAUAAUAAAUAUAAUAAUACUGAUGUAUUAAAAUUUUAAAAAUAAAAAUAAUCAUUCAAA